AUGGCCACCAACGAUGUUGGAGAUGUCAAGGAGAGCGCUAUGCAUCAGCCACUGUUGUCACCAGACGAGCCUUUGGUGCUGGUGGUGUUACAGUGUGGGCAGAAGAAGGACCUGAAGAAGGAGCUGAAGGAGGAGCUGGAAGAGGAGCUGAAGAAGGAGCUGAAGGAGGAGCUGAAGGAGGAGCUGAAGGAGGAGCUGGAAGAGGAGCUGAAGGAGGAUCUAGAAGAGGAGCUGAAGAGGGAGCUGAAGUGGGAGCUGAAGGAGGAGCUGAAGGAGGAGCUGAAAGAGGAGCUGAAGAAGGAGCUGAAGAGGGAGCUGAAGAAGGAGCUGAAGAGGGAGCUGAAGGAGGAGCUGAAGGAGGAGCUGGAAGAGGAGCUGAAGGAGGAGCUGAAAGAGGAGCUGAAGGAGGAGCUGAAAGAGGAGCUAGAAGAGGAGCUGAAGAAGGAGCUGAAGAGGGAGCUGAAGAAGGAGCUGAAGAGGGAGCUGAAGGAGGAGCUGAAGGAGGAGCUGGAAGACGAGCUGAAGGAGGAGCUGAAAGAGGAGCUGAAGGAGGAGCUGAAAGAGGAGCUGAAAGAGGAGCUAGAAGAGGAGCUGAAGAAGGAGCUGAAGAGGGAGCUGAAGAAGGAGCUGGAAGACGAGCUGAAGGAGGAUCUAGAAGAGGAGCUGAAAGAGGAGCUGAAGGAGGAGCUGAAAGAGGAGCUGAAAGAGGAGCUGAAGGAGGAACUAGAAGAGGAGCUGAAGGAGGAGCUGAAGUGGGAGCUGAAGAGAGAGCUGAAAGAGGAGCUGAAGGAGGAACUAGAAGAGGAGCUGAAGAGGGAGCUGAAGUGGGAGCUGAAGAGAGAGCUGAAAGAGGAGCUGAAGGAGGAACUAGAAGAGGAGCUGAAGAGGGAGCUGAAGUGGGAGCUGAAGAGAGAGCUGAAAGAGGAGCUGAAGAAGGAGCUAGAAGAGGAGCUAACGGAGGAGCUGAAGAAGAAAAGAAGGAAAAUAUGAAGCACUUCUGGAUGAUCCCAUGAGUAAUGUGUUA